AUGUCGGACCCGAGCAAGAAACCAAAGUCACCGAUCCUCGGGUUAUUCAAGGAGGUCUUCAACUGGUAUCCGUCUUCAUACCCGGCUGAGGAGAGGAAGCUCCUGUUAGGCUCGAUCUCUCCAACUUGGUCUGCUCCUGCCUCUGCUGUAAGCCCUUUCUUCGUCUGCUCAGAGCAUCAUCUCACAAAAUCAGUCUUUGUCAAAUACCUCGACCAAACCAAUAUCAGCAAUGCAGCGCGCUGGCUUCUUCCCACUCUUGAGAUCCUCUGGGGAAGUUGCACCUUCGCCCAGAGCCGCGUCAGAAACGUGCAUCAGCUCUAUGCCUUGCGGUUUCUGGUAGGCAUGUUCGAAGCCCCAGUCUUCGCAGAAACGCACUUCAUCUUGGGCUCUUGGUACUCCGGCUCCGACCUAUUCAAUCGCGCCGGGACCUGGUUCAUCUGCAAUCCACUUAGCCAAAUAAUAAGCGGGUAUCUCCAAGCAGCCGCAUACACGAAUCUCUCGGGAGUUGGGGGAAUGCCAGGGUGGAGGUGGCUCUUUAUCAUCGACGGAAUUUUCACCAUUCCUGUGGCACUGAUCGGGUUUCUUGUUUUUCCUGGCGUACCUGACUCUCCAGCGCCUUUCUUCCUGACGAAGCGAGAUAUCGAGAUUGCGAAGGAUUGGCUGAGCAGAGCGAAGAUUCGGCGACCGGGGAGUUUGGGGCCCGACGUGUUCAAAAGGACCGCGAAGCGCUGGCAUAUUUAUAUCUUCUUGUUCUCCUACGCUUGCAUGAUCCUUUCAUCCUACCCAAGCAGCUACAUGAAUCUCUGGUUGAAGGAUGAAGGGUACUCUGUUACGAAAAUCAACCAGUAUCCCACCAUCAUCCAAACAAUCACGAUUGUCUCCUCGUGGCUCGGAACGACUCUGGCUUCAAUCUAUCCUUCGUGGAUUAUCUACACCAUCAUCUCGACGUUUUCGUUGUUUUCGACCCUCUGCAUGUGCAUCUGCUGCAUCCCGACAGGCUUGAAGAGGGAUCAGAAGAGGAAGCAGUUGGCGGGCGAGAGCGAGUCUUGA